UGUUCCUCUGUUCUCUGAGCUAAAUAGAGCAAAAAUAAAUAUUGAUGAUGCUGAAGGGUGUGCCUGCUUGUUGUGAUGCUAUGACAAAGGAGGCAGCAAGUGUUUGACGCUAUAGCACAGCAACACACCCAGAACUGAGGUCACCUGAGCAGCAUAAAAGCAGAGGAGCUGCUCAGCAGCAGCAUCAAACCCCGGAGAACUCACCUGUACAUCAGGAUGAAGCUGAUCUUCUCUCUGUGUCUCAUCUAUGCGCUCUGCAGCUCAGCUGCUGCUCUUCAGUGUGACGCCUGUGCAGAUCAGACAUGUUCAACCACAGUCAGUAAGACGUGCAGCUCAGAGACCAUGUGUAUUACAGCUUCCAUCAGAGCCACUUCAUCUCAAGGUUCAGGAGCAUUAAUCUACAAGGACUGUGCUGCUGCUUCUCUUUGUCCAACCACUGGAGCUGCAACCUUUUCCGCCGCCUUGACUUUUUCCAGUGCGAUUGCAUCAGCUCAGUGCUGCAACACGGCCAACUGCAACUCCCAGACCCUGACAUUUCCGGACCCUCCGUCUGCUAACGGUCGGACGUGUCCCGUCUGUGACCCGACCACCUCUCAGUGCAGCUCUACAGUUACAUGUUCAGGAGACCAGACCAGCUGCUUCCAAGCAACCAUGACAAACGGCUCAGCAACAUAUCCAGUUGUGGGCUGCGUGUCUCCAAACACAUGUGCAGCUGCAGCGAGCCUGAAUAACCUGCCUUUCAUGGAGAGCGUUGGUAACAUCGUCACUGGACCGACCUGCAGCGCCGCAACCAUCGUGACAACUGUUCAACCAACAAUAUCUACCACACAAGAAGCCACAACUGUAGCUGCAACAUUGACCUCCACAACCUCUGCACCCUCAACUGCUGCCGAAUCAAAGACCACAACCUCUGCACCCUCAACUGCUGCUGAAUCAAUGACCACAACCUCUGCACCCUCAACUGCUGUCGACUCGAUGUCCACGACAUCUGUACCUUCAACUGCUGCUCAAUCAAUGACUACAACCUCUGCACCCUCAAUUGCUGUUGAAUCAAUGACCACAACCUCUGCACCCUCAACUGCUGCCGCAUCAAUGACCACAACCUCUGCACCCUCAACUGCUGCCGAAUCAAUGUCCACAACCUCUGCACCCUCAACUGCUGCCGAAUCAAUGUCCACAACCUCUGCACCCUCAACUGCUGCCGAAUCAAUGAGCACAACCUCUGCACCCUCAACUGCUGUCGAAUCAAUGUCCACAACCUCUGCACUCUCAACUGUUGCCGAAUCAAUAUCCACAACCUCUGCACCCUCAACUGCUGCUGCAUCAAUGUCCACAACCUCUGCACCCUCAACUGCUGCCGAAUCAAUGAGCACAACCUCUGCACCCUCAACUGCUGUCGAAUCAAUGUCCACAACCUCUGCACUCUCAACUGUUGCCGAAUCAAUAUCCACAACCUCUGCACCCUCAACUGUUGCUGAAUCAAUGUCCACAAGCUCUGCACCCUCAACUGUUGCCGAAUCAAUGUCCACAACCUCUGCACUCUCAACUGUUGCCGAAUCAAUAUCCACAACCUCUGCACCCUCAACUGUUGCUGAAUCAAUGUCCACAACCUCUGCACCCUCAACUGCUGCAGAAUCAAUGACCACAACCUCUUUACCAUCAACUGCUGCCUUCUCAAUGUCCACAACCUCUGCACCCUCAACUGCUGCUGAAUCAAGGACCACAACCUCUGCACCCUCAACUGCUGCUGCAUCCACUUCCACAACUUCUGUACCCUCAACUGGUGCAUCGAUGUCCACAACCUCUGCACCCUCAACUGCAUUUGAAUCAAUGACCGCAACAUCUGCACUUUUAACUGCUGCUGAAUCAAUGAGCACAACCUCCUCGCCCUCAACUGCUGCUGCAUCAAUGUCCACAACCCCUGCACCCUCAACUGCUGUCGAAUUAAUGUCCGCAACCUCUGCACCCUCAACUGCUGCCUCAUCAAUGACCACAACCUCUUCACCCUCAACUGCUGCCUCAUCAAUGACCACAACCUCUGCACCCUCAACUGCUGCCGCAUCAAUGUCCACAGCCUCUGCAACCUCAACUGCUGCCGCAUCAAUGUCCACAACCUCUGCACCCUCAACUGCAUCAUCAUCAAUGUCCACAACGUCUUCACCCUCAACUGCUGCUGAAUCAAUGAGCACAACCUCUGCACCCUCAACUGUUGCCGAAUCCAUAACCACAACCUCUGCACCCUCAACUGCUGCUGAAUCAUUGACCACAACCUCUGCACCCUCAACUGCUGUCGAAUCAAUGUCCACAACCUCUGCACCCUCAACUGCUGCUGAAUCAAUGACCACAACAUCUGCACCCUCAACUGCUGCCGCAUCAAUGUCCACAACCUCUGCACCCUCAACUGCUGCUGAAUCAAUGUCCACAGCCUCUGCCCCCUCAACUGCUUCUGCAUCAAUGACCACAACCUCUGCACCUUCAACUGCUUCUGCAUCGAUCACCACAACCUCUGCACCUUCAACUGCUGCUGCAUCAAUGUCCACAACUUCUGCACCCUUAACUGCUGCUCAAUCAAUGACCACAACCUCUGCACCCUCAACUGCUGCUGCAUCAAUGACCACAACUUCUGCACCCGCAUCUGGUGCUUCAUCCAGCUCCACCACCCCUGCACCAGCAAUGGCUGCCUCAUCCACCUCCACCACCCCUGCACAAAAGGCAGAUGGAGCACCAACUGUACCUGCAGCAACAGGUGGAGCAGCUACAACUGUUUCACCAUCUGUAACCAAUGGUGCAUCUGGUUCCAUGACUGUUUCUUCAUCUGUUACUAACGGUGCAUCAGGAGCUGGAACAACCCAGUCAACCACAGUGUCAACAACCAGCAGUUCUGGAGUUUCUGUCCAAAUGUGUCUUUUCAACCUCCUGCUUGGUCUUCUUGUCUUCAUGUUGUAAUUGAUGAUGGAUGUUUUAGGGAUCUUACUGUUGUUUGUGAAAGUUUUAUUUAUUUCUUAUAUUUAAGCAAAGCAUUAACACAAGUUUAAAUGUAAAUACAGAAAUGUGAAAAA